AUGUACAAGACUGGGCGCGUCCCAAUGAAUUUGCUGAGCUCUGAAGAUGUCAAAGCAGCGAAGAGUGAUUUGGAGUCACUCUAUCAUUUCCAGUAUGGUGAACACCCAAGUCGUGUUUUGUAUGUGAAGAACAUCCCAAGUGACUUUGACCGAGCAGAAGUUGAAGAGAUUUUCCAGCAAUAUGGAGACGUCAAAGGAGUCUAUUGGAAGACGGUCAGCUGCGGAUUUAUAUUUGUGACGUAUUAUGAUAUAAGAGCUUCACGAAGUGCAGCGAAAUACAUUAAUGGAAGGAAGUAUAAGGGACAUCAAUUGGAGAUAACGUUUGGGAUCCCAAAUGAUGUUCCUUGGACUGACAACCAUGCCACAUUAGUUGUAUUCAAUGCCGAAUACACUUUCAGUGUUGAGGAUCUUAAAAGCGCGUUCGGGGAGUUUGGCGAGAUGAAAGAAAUCAGAGAGGCACCGUCGAAGAAGCAACAUAAGUUCAUCGAAUACUUCGAUUCAAGAAGCGCAGAGGCGGCUUUAAAAAAGAUGGACGGCGUGUGUAUCAAUGGAAAAAAAAUGAAAGUCGAAAAUUCAAAACCAAACAACACGAAAUAUAUGGUUAUUAACUCGAUCGGAAAGGCAUUACAAUUGCCAAGUGACAUACCCGCAUUCCCAGCACCGCCACAGAUGGUUGAUUUAAUUGAUGACUAUAUAGGACAGGCGGGAAGAGGGUGGAUGGAGUUUGUGGAAGUUGGGAAUCCAGUUUUAAAUAAAAAGGAAGAGAAGUCUCAAACCGAGAAAAUUGGGAAGGAAAGUUUUGAAAAGAAAAACAUCAGAUUUGAUGACGACGGAAAUGUCAUAGACGAUGGGUGCAACACGUUGAUUGUAAAAAACAUUUCAAGGAGAUGCACCGAACAGAACUUUGUAAGAAAAGUCGAGAACGCGAUUUCAACGUUUUAUAAAGAAGUUUUUCUGUUCAGAGAGGCGAGUAGUCAGACUGGUGUCGUUAUUGUGUCCAAUGUCUCUGCUAUUAAACCUCUUUAUGAUGCAUUUAAUGACAAAACAGUGGAUAAAAGCCAAGAAGUUCACUGUGAAGUAUUUUACGCGCAUUUUCAAGACGAGGACUUUGUACAACUUCUCGAGAAUAUGUUGGUGUCUAAUUAA